GAUCAUCAUGGCUGAUGAUUUUGACGUUGAGGCCAUGCUGGAGGCUCCAUUCAGAAAGACUUCCCUAAUGAUAUCUCACCUCUACUCCCAUGAAUUCAUCUUUGAUUCCACUGUGAACUGUGAAAAAAAGGAAGGUAGUUAUUGUGCAUAUACUGAUGUACUGUGGUUCACCUUAGGACUAAAAGAGAUUCAACCUAGAACAUCCAAUCCCUAUUCGGUUGCAACAAGGAGAAUGCCAAUGGUUGAUAAGCCCAUCUAUACUUGUCCAGCAUAGGAGGCAGUAUUCAGAUUUACGAUCUGCAUGCCAUCACUGUUUCAGAAUGUGCAGUCCUAUUACGUCAGUUUUAAACUCCAGUUGAGAUGGAAAACAAAUGUUUUACACUGUGUGGGGUUUGGAUGAAAAUGUAUCACUCUGUCACCCCAAAUUGCUCAUUAGUUAGAAUCAUGUAUGAAGUUGUAACGAAAAACAAUUUCCCCAAAAAGGGAUACUGAGUUGAUUGUAUAAAUCUAUUACUGUUUUAUAUCCAAUAGUUAUAGUUUGACAACAACAUAAUAGAAAAAUGAAGAUAUUGCAGAUUGUGGACCUUCAUUGUGCGAACACAUGAGCCAUAUCAUGAUUUUAUGGCAAAAAUACAGGUGAAUUAUUGUAAUGUAUAUUUAUUUGUCUUGCUGGUAAAUAUGAAUACUGCCUCUUUGCCAUAGUCAACUGUAAUGUGAAUCAGCAUCUUGAUUUUGCAUGCUACACAAUACCACAGAUAUUGAUAUAUUACUAGAAUGACUGUAAAAUAGACACUUCUAUCUAGCAUCAUUGUAUUAUAGUUAUUUUCAGUAGUUAAUAAUUCCUUAAGUCAAAAGGUUGGAAAUAAUUACUAUAGAUAAUGGCAGUGUAACACGUGGCUGAAUUGAUGGAUUUAUUUCAUUUCUUUUUUUUAUUCUUUUUUUUUUUUUUGUUCUUGGGCGUCAAUAUUACUAAGAAGUGUGAAUCCCUGUUUGCUUCAGGGCAAGAUGUGUGACAGAGGUGGCAUCGAGCUCUUACAGUCCAAGAACGAAAAUGGGUGAAGAUCACUGGACUGACACCAACCACACAGGAUCUCUUUUAGUGGCCGUGGGCCAUGCGUGGUCACAUGAUUAGGCACAAAUAGUGGCAUUGGAUGAGAUCAAGUCCUCUCAUGCAAAUGGACAUGACGACCAAAACAAAAAGAAAAAGAGGAGCCGAAGCAAGAGCCGAAGCCCAGGCUCUAGGAGGAGAAGAAGCAGAAGCAAAGACAAAAAGAAGAGUAAGAAGAGGAGCAAGAGCAGAGAAAGAAAACGAAGCCGCAGCAGAGAGCGUCAUCGCAGCAGCUCCCGAAGCAAGGAGCGUUCUGGCCGGUACAGAGCACGCAAGAGCCCACUUCGGAAACGUUCCAAAAGUCGGAGCCCUGUAAAAAAAGAGAAGAGUCCCAUCAGAAAUUUUGAGGAUGCUAUCGGGCCGUAUAACAAAAUCAGGGAGCAACCAAUUGAUAAUUUAACACCAGAGGAGAGGGAUGCCCGCACAGUUUUCUGUAUGCAGCUCGCUGCAAGAAUCAGAGCUCGAGACCUGGAAGAUUUCUUCUCAGCUGUUGGAAAAGUAAGAGAUGUGAGAAUGAUCUCAGACAGAAACUCCAGGAGAUCAAAGGGCAUCGCUUACAUAGAGUUUGUGGAGUCUUCUUCUGUACCACUGGCUAUUGGAUUGACUGGCCAGAGGCUUUUAGGAGUGCCCAUCAUCGUGCAGGCAUCUCAGGCAGAAAAAAAUAGAGCUGCAGCUGCUGCCAACAAUCUACAGAAGGGCAGCUCAGGGCCAAUGAGGCUGUACGUGGGCUCCCUGCACUUCAACAUUACUGAAGAAAUGCUUCGAGGGAUCUUUGAGCCUUUUGGAAAGAUUGAGGGCAUCCAGCUAAUGAUGGACAGUGAGACUGGACGAUCAAAAGGAUAUGGCUUCAUAUCGUUUGCAGACGCAGAAUGUGCAAAAAAGGCCUUGGAGCAACUCAAUGGCUUUGAGCUGGCCGGACGUCCUAUGAAGGUGGGGCAUGUUACAGAGCGCUCAGACUCAUCGACAGCCAGCUCGUUCCUGGACAACGACGAACUUGAGAGGACUGGCAUCGACCUGGGAACCACAGGGCGUCUACAGCUAAUGGCUCGACUAGCAGAAGGAACUGGUCUGAAAAUCCCUCCUGCUGCUCAGCAGGCUCUACAGAUGACUGGGUCCAUACCCUUUGGAAACAUUUCUGCUCCAACCUGUGAGGGCCUGAAUAAUAAUAAAUAUUUGGUGUAUUCGUUUAUUAGGAAAACUGACUUUUUUUUAAAAUUUGUUUCAGCUGUCCCAACUCCAGCUCCAAGCCAAGCCUUGAACCUCCCUUCACAGCCGUUGGCAACACACUGCCUUCAGCUGUCCAACCUGUUCAACCCACAAUCUGAAAACGAUCCCAGCUGGGCUGUUGAGAUCCAAGAUGAUGUUAUUGAAGAGUGCAACAAACAUGGAGGAAUUGUUCACAUCUAUGUUGAUAAGAACUCUGCUCAAGGUAAUGUGUAUGUGAAGUGUCCCUCAAUACCAGCAGCGAUGGCAACUGUGAAUGCCCUUCAUGGACGCUGGUUUGCAGGCAAAAUGAUAACGGCUGCCUACGUUCCCUUACCAACCUACCACAACCUUUUCCCUGAUUCUGUAACGGCGAAGCAGCUCCUAAUGCCGGCACGCCGAUAGUCUGACACUCAUGAUGGUCAGUGUAAAUACAUUGUUUGCAGUCAUUGAAACAGUCAUUGACAUUAGUUGGCUGUGUGUAAUAAAAUUUGCCUCAAGUUCAUGUGUUCAUCAUUGAAAAUUAGGCAGGUAUUUUGAGUUGCUUUUCAAAUCUUUUUUGGUUUGUGUUGUAAACUACAGGUAUAUUGGUCUGUAUGUUUUUAAAUAUUCCUGUUCUGCUUGUUUAAAUCAAACUGUUUUAGAUUUAAAAUAAAUUGCAAAGAGUUACAAAACUGUUGGGUUAAUAGGCCUUAAAUGCCAAAAGUAUAUCAAUGUCAACAAUAAUCCUUUGUAACUUUUUACAGCCAUAAUUUCAUUUUUUGUAUGAAGGCUCCCAAUAAACUUUGGCAAAUUUGACAUUC